GACGAGGACAACGACGACGACGACGGAGCAGGCGGAGGCAGCGGCGGCGGCGGCGGCGGCGGCGAACGGGGCACCGGCGGUGAUCGAGUUUGGCGCGGGAGUCCAGUUGAUCGGUGGGAUGAGCGCCAAAACCGAUGUCAACAGGCGGGUACUCGCGAUCCAGGCUAAGAAGAAGCGGCACAAGCCCAGCAAGCGCAAGGGCAAAGCCAAUUCCCAGAGCGAGCAAGACGCGCAGAGUUCCAAGGGGCCGCGUGUUACCAGUCAGGUAACGGCUACCGCGACCACCGCCACCACAACCACCGCCACCACUACUACCACCACCACCACCUACGAGUAUGCUUCGGACGGACCCCCGCAGCGCGCUUAUAACAGCGACAAUGGGACCAGAUUGGUACCAUGUCAUAGUUCCAGCAAUGAAACGAUAGAGGACGAUGAUGCAUUCAGUACUGAGGAUGAAGAGCAGGAGGAUAGCAGUGACUACUGUAAAGGCGGAUACCAUCCUGUGAAGAUAGGAGAUCUCUUUUUAAAUCGCUAUCACGUCACUCGUAAGCUUGGCUGGGGUCACUUCUCCACUGUAUGGCUCUGUUGGGAUUUGCAGGAUAAACGUUUUGUGGCGCUUAAAAUAGUGAAAUCCGCAUCCCAUUUCACUGAGACUGCAUUGGAUGAAAUUAAAUUAUUAAAAGAUGUGCGCGAUACGGAUCCCACCGAUCCUAAGCGCAAUAAGACCGUCCAAUUGCUCAAUGACUUCAAGAUCAGCGGCAUUAACGGCCUGCAUGUUUGCAUGGUAUUUGAAGUGCUUGGACAUAAUCUUCUUAAAUUGAUUAUCAAGUCGAACUACAGAGGAAUUCCAAGAAAUAACGUUAAACGCGUCAUCAGACAAGUUCUCGAAGGUCUCGACUAUCUUCAUAAUAAAUGUAAAAUUAUUCAUACAGACAUUAAACCUGAGAAUGUUCUUGUAUGCGUCGAUGAGACUUACAUACGAAAAUUAGCUUGUGAAGCGACAGAAUUGCAUUCUAUGGGAGCGAAGUUACCGGUGUCUCUGAUUUCUACCGCGCCGAAGGAGUUUCAAGAACCGAUACCAAAUUCCAAAAUGUCCAAGAACAAGAAGAAGAAAUUAAAGAAGAAAGCCAAGCGCCAGAACGAACUCUUAAAGAAGCAGAUGGAGCAAAUCGAGGAGUUAGAGGAACAAAUUAAACUUGCGAAUAGCAUGAGAGAAAACGGGGAAAUUGAAACGAAUAGUCUAGACCAAGAUCUCAAUACAGAGAGCGUAGAGGACAAUACGGAGAGCAAAGGUUCUCCAGAUAUCUCAGAGCCAUCCGCGCCUUCCUUACACAUGAAUGGAGUAGAUGGUUUAGCGGGUGGUGAAAAGAUACAAAAUCCAUCGCCUGAACAAUCUGAAAAGAUGGACAACGUCACUUUGUGCGAGGUGGAGAAAAGCUGUGGCGAAGGUAUAUUAUUACCUGAUCCCGAUGACACUGACGAAUGUAGCGAAGGUCGUAGAUCAUUAAAUCCACCGGAGAGUAAGCAAUUGAAACGAGCAUCCAUGUCUCCUCUGGAUCCUGCUAUAAUGGACUGUGAAAUAGAAGUAAAGAUAGCAGAUCUCGGGAACGCAUGCUGGGUUCAUAAAAAAUUCACGGACGAUAUUCAAACUCGUCAGUAUAGGUCGCUCGAGGUUCUAUUAGGUUCUGGAUAUGACACCUCUGCCGAUAUAUGGUCGACCGCUUGCAUGGCGUUUGAAUUGGCGACUGGCGAUUAUCUUUUUGAACCGCACAAUGGCAAAGAUUACUGCAGAGAUGAAGAUCAUUUGGCUCAUAUUAUCGAAUUGCUGGGAGAAAUACCGAGACGUAUCGCUCUCUCGGGGAAGAACUCAAGGAUAUACUUCAACAGGAAGGGUGAAUUAAAGCAUAUUACCGGAUUGAAACCAUGGGGUCUAUACGAAGUAUUAACAGAGAAAUAUGAGUGGACGCCGAGCGAAGCACGCGAGUUCGCAGAGUUCCUAAUACCGAUGCUCGAGUUCAAUCCGAGCAUGCGAGCUACCGCAGCUGAGUGCCUGAAGCAUCCGUGGCUGCAAAUCAAAAAGUGAUCGCGUUUUUUAUUGUUUUAUCUGUAAUAUCCCCACAACUUUCACCCCGGUCCUACCGCCCAGUCGCAAUCGUAAAUCGAGAGUGUGAUAGGAAGCCGAAAACACUUGUAAACAUCAGGUGUUAUUUCCGUACUGAAAAUCAUAAUUCAGCGACUCAAUUUGCAUACGAAGAGCAAAGUGCGUUGUUUCAAGAGCGCGUACACAUACACAUAUACACACUAGAAAACUGUUUGAUAUAAUAUGAAUUACAGAAAUAAAUUGUAACAUACAUUGUUAUAUUAAUCAUACGUACGCUACAAGCGUGUCUCCGCGUGGGUAAUGUUACGAAACUGAAAACGUUUCGAAAAGAUUGUUAUAUACCCUUUACAAAUGGUGAUUUGACAAUAUUGCGGAAGUCGCCUCAAGGAAAGUCGCCUCUCGAAUACAGCGAGCGAAGUGUCGCAAAAUCCGGAUAUUGUUAGAGAAAAAGAUCUUGCAACAUUCCGCUGAUUUCCACGUAAAGAAAAAAAAAAACGGCCGCGCGCGUGCUUCCUAACGUAACACUCUCAACACAUCGGCUGACCAUUUGUAGUUGUACACUUGUUAAAUCGUGUUUUUAAUUAGUGAUGCAAGAACUUAAAUUAAAAAGAAAUUUUUCAUAGUACUUUAUAUAUACAUUAUUUUACACACAUUCGUGUCGCAUUCUUCGUACUCGUCAUUUAAUUUAUCUAUGAAUAUAUUUCAAGAGUCGUGGGAUCUACUCGUAAUGCGCUGUGAAAAUAUUGGCGGACUCGAUAUCGUGUUUGGUUUAAAAUUAGGACUCAUUGCCUUGACUCAGUUAUCCGUGUGUACUUUUAUAUAUCGCACACACUGGUCGCUGUAAAUUCUUGCCAACAAACUCGUGAAGUCGCAACAGGACAGAAAUGGCUACUUAAUUAAUAUUUUACGUCUACCUCAAUAUAUAUGAGCCGGUUAGAAAUACUCAUCAGCAGAUGCACAUAACGAGGAACCGCAUUGAAAUAAAUGUAAAUUGAAUUAGAGGGGGUCUAUAUAUUGUAUAGAUAAUUAAGAGUCGAUCGCUGGAUUCUUGGAAUAUAUAAUUUAUACGGGCGCUAAUUGAGAUAAGACAAUAUUGCAUGCAUAUAUGCGUUCUAGGAUUUUAUUUUUCGUCUAAUUUGAAGUUUCAUAUAAAAUCUCAGAAU